GCGCAGCAACACAAAGAUAUCUAAAAAAAACAAAAAACAAAAUGGCCUUCGCUGGAAUUCUUAAGGAUGAGGAUGUGGCUGCAGCCAUCAGUGCCUGCUCUGCUGCAGAUAGCUUCAACUACAAAACCUUCUUCGCCAAGGUUGGCCUGUCAGCUAAAUCUGCCGAUGAGAUUAAGAAGGCCUUCUUUGUAAUUGAUCAGGACAAGAGCGGCUUCAUUGAGGAAGAUGAGCUGAAACUGUUCCUGCAGAACUUCUCUGCUGGUGCCAGAGCUCUGACUGAUGCUGAGACCAAGGCCUUCCUUGCAGCUGGUGACAGUGAUGGCGAUGGCAAAAUUGGAGUUGAUGAGUUUGCUGCCCUUGUGAAGGCUUAAGCUCUCAUGGAAUCCAGUUCUUUUUUUUUUUUCGUUUUGGAAAGAGAUCUCUAUACUUUUGUAGAGGCCCUGGCUCCAAUGCUUAAUGAAUUUUUUUUAUAUAUGUAUUUAUUUACAACAACUCAGAACUCCUCACUGCAAGAAAAAAAUGUCUUAAAAACUAUUUAUUGCUCAUUUAUUGCUUGUUAGGUAUGUAAUUAUGUAAAGCGCCUAACAUGUGCAAAUCUAAAAUGCCUUUUGCACUUUUGACAAUGAAAUAAAUUUGCAUUUGGUGUA